ACUGUUUGUCCUGACUUCCAGAAAGUGCCAAAAGACAAGAGAAGAUAACAAGACACUUGACCUACAAGAAGCAGAAAAUUCUCCUAUAAAACUGAAGGUGAUAGAGCUGUCCGAGCUCAAGCGAGCACCAAUGGCGGAUCAGAUACAGCAUCUCCACCUACCCGUCCGUGGCCUCAACCUCCACGUCGCUCAAGCAGGCAAAGAUGAGCUUGGGACGGUGGUGUUCUUGCACGGGUUCCCGGAGAUAUGGUACUCGUGGCGCCACCAGAUGCUGGCCGCGGCGGCCGCCGGGUACCGCGCCAUCGCGCCGGACUGCCGCGGGUACGGGCUGUCGGGGCAGCCGCCGGAGGAGGAGGAGGCGACGUGGGACGACCUCGUCGCCGACGUGCUCGCCAUCCUCGACGCGCUGGCCGUGCCCAGGGCGUUCCUGGUGGGCAAGGACUUCGGCGCCAUGCCGGCGUACGACUUCGCGCUCCGCCACCCGGAGCGCACCCGCGGCGUGGCGUGCCUCGGCAUCCCCUUCAGCCCCGUCCCGGCCGCCUUCGACGCCAUGCCCGAGGGCUUCUACGUCCUCCGGUGGCGCGAACCGGGGAGGGCGGAGGCGGACUUCGGGCGGCACGACGUCCGGCGAGUGGUGCGCACCAUCUACAUCCUCUUCUCCGGCGCCGACAUCCCCAUAGCCAAAGAAGGGCAGGAGAUCAUGGACCUCGCCGACCUCUCCACGCCGCUGCCGCCUUGGUUCUCCGAUGAAGACCUCGACGCCUACGCAUCUCUCUACAAGAACUCCGGCUUCCGCUUCCCCCUCCAGAUGCCAUACAGGGCGAUACACAGGAGGCCGAACCUGAUGGACGCGAGGUUCGAGGUGCCGGUGCUGAUGGUGGUGGGGGAGAAGGACUACGCGUUCAAGUUCCCGGGGUUCGAGGAGGCCGUGAGGGGCGGCGCCAUGGAGAGGUUCGCGCCGGAGCUGGAGGUGGCGUACCUGCCGGAGGGGAGCCACUUCGCGCAGGAGCAGCUCCCGGAGCAGGUCAACCGCCUCCUGCUCGGGUUCUUCCAGGCGCACCUGGACCCGGUCGCUGCCACGUAGCAGGACGGCGACAAGCUAGUGGGUCCCACAGUGUCAUUCUCACACAAGAAAAAGGUUUAUUAUUUAACAAUGUCCUAAAAAUGCCCUACAAAGGGUGGAACGUUGGACCAUGUUUGGAAGCUUAAGGUCGUGAGAAGAAACUGAGAAUGGGGAAAAAUGGUUAUCACCCAUGUAUUUUAAUAAAUAAUCAUGAUAAUUUUUUAGCGUACAA